GGGCUUUCUACACACCAACCCACAUAUCUUUUUCUCUCUCUCAUCUCUCUCAUACCCUCUCUAUUUAAGCACCCCUAUUUCAUUUUCUUAUUAUCACUCUCUAUCUAGUCCCUCAACUAGCUUAACAUGGACACCAAUCCUUACCACACAUCCACCUCUCAUUAUGAACAUUCCUCUUACUACUCUCCCUUACCGGACCACUCCUCUCAACCAAGUCCCCGGAGACCCUUAAAGGGUUUUGCUGUGAUCUUUGUCUCCGUGAUUUUCCUCAUGUCAUUAGUGACAUUAAUCAUUAUCCAAAGCCCUGAACCGGCAAGCUUAGACAAACCCGAAAAAGACCGACCAUUGUCGACAAAACCUACGUCGUUUUACAACAUUUCGACCCCGGAGGUGCCUAGAGGGGUAGCACAAGGAGUAUCAGCCAAAUCGAACCCGUCUCUUUCCGGCCAUCAUGGAGUUUCUUACAAUUGGACAAACGCUAUGCUUUCUUGGCAAAGAACUUCCUACCACUUUCAACCUCAAAAAAACUGGAUGAAUGAUCCUGAUGGUCCAUUGUAUCACAUGGGAUGGUAUCAUCUAUUUUACCAAUACAAUCCAGAUUCAGCAGUGUGGGGCAACAUCACAUGGGGUCAUGCCGUAUCAAGGGACCUGAUCCAUUGGCUCUAUCUCCCAUUCGCAAUGGUCCCUGAUCAUUGGUAUGAUGCCAAUGGUGUGUGGACCGGGUCCGCUACGAUAUUGCCAGAUGGCAAAAUCGUAAUGCUCUACACAGGUGAUACUGUUGAUGGUGUACAGGUGCAAAAUCUUGCCUACCCUGCCAACCUAUCUGAUCCCCUCCUCUUGGAUUGGGUCAAAUACCCGGAUAACCCGGUCUUGAUCCCCCCAAUUGGAAUUGCAAUAGAUGAGUAUCGGGACCCGACCACUGCAUGGCUUGGACCCGAUGGAAAGUGGCGGGUCACAAUCGGGUCUAAGGUCAAUAGAACGGGUAUUUCUCUUGUAUACACAACCACAAACUUUACCACAUUUGACUUAUUGGAUAAUUACUUGCAUGAGGUCCCGGAUACGGGUAUGUGGGAAUGUGUGGACUUUUACCCAGUUGCAAUUAAUGGGUCAAUGGGUUUGGAUACUUCAGUAAAUGGCCCAGGAAUCAAACAUCUAUUAAAGGCAAGUUUGGAUGAUUCAAAGGUUGAUGUUUAUGCACUUGGGAUCUAUUUUGCAAAUAAUGAUACAUGGGCACCCGAUAACCCGGCUGAGGAUGUGGGUCUCGGGUUGAAAUAUGACUAUGGGAGAUACUAUGCAUCAAAGACAUUUUAUGACCCGGUAAAGGAGAGGCGGGUCCUGUGGGGUUGGAUAAAUGAAACUGAUACUGAAUAUGAUGACUUGGCAAAGGGAUGGGCAUCUCUUCAGACCAUUCCAAGGACUGUGUUGUUUGACAAUAAGACCGGAACCAAUAUACUUCAAUGGCCUGUAGAAGAGGUGGAGAGCUUGAGACUGAACAGCACAGACUUUGAAGGUGUGGUGGUUAAACCUGGAUCAGUUGUGGAGCUGAACAUUGGCACAGCAACACAGUUAGACAUAUUCGCCGAUUUUGAAAUAGAAUCAUUAGGAUUGGAGGAGACUAAUGAAGCCAAUGGAGGUUGUCGUGGUGGUGUUGUUGACAGAAGCAGUUUGGGACCAUUUGGCCUUUUGGUUAUUGCUGAUGAAACACUUUCUGAGCUGACCCCUAUUUAUUUCCGUCCUACCAAUACAAGUGAUGGUGGUCUCCAGACUUAUUUCUGUGCUGAUGAAAGAAGGUCAUCAAGGGCAAAUGAUGUUUUCAACCAAGUUUAUGGAAGCCAAGUUCCGGUGCUUGAGGAUGAAAAGUUUUCUAUGAGAGUACUGGUUGACCAUUCAAUUGUGGAAAGCUUUGCUCAAGGAGGGAGGACAGUGAUCACAUCAAGGGUUUAUCCAACAGAAGCAAUUUAUGGGGCAGCAAGAUUAUUUUUGUUCAACAAUGCAACUGGGGUGAAUGUGAAGGCCACACUUAAGAUAUGGCAGCUGAAUUCUGCAUUUAUUCACCCUUUUCCCUUGGACCAGAUAGAUACAGUGAAACCAUUGCAAACCUUUUGAGCCUAUAGUAUUAAGUUCUCUCAUUGCCCCAUUUUGGUGGCCAAAAAUGUGAAAUCUUGCAAUACAGCAAUCAGAUGAGUUUUAGUUUAUGUUAUUUCAAUUUUGGGUUGGUUUGCGAGUUUGUACUUUGUAGCCUACAACGAUAUGUUUUGUAAUUGAUAAAUAAUGAUUUUGAAAUAUUAAGAGUUUUGCUA